AUGGGGGUCCGGGAGCACGAGGGCGAGUGUUGCAGAGUUCCCCAGCAGCGCGACCAGCAGCGAUGGGGGGCGAAGAGCAUCGCGGGCUCCGGGCGGGCGGAGCACAUCGACAUCCAUCAGCUGAGGAGCAGAGUGUCGGAGGAGCACGAGGUCAUCAAGAAGAAGGAGCUGGAGAGCGGCCCGAAGGCUUCGUAUGGCUACGGGGGCAAAUUUGGGACAGAGCGGGACCGAAUGGACAAGUGCGCCGUGGGCCACGAGUACGUCGCCGAUGUCGGGAAGCAUUCCUCACAGACUGAUGCAGCUCAGGGCUUCGGGGGGAAAUACGGCGUGCAGCGGGACCGAGCCGACAAGUCAGCGCUGGGGUUUGAAUACAAGGGAGAAGUGGAGAAGCAUUCAUCCCAGAAAGAUUACUCCAAGGGUUUCGGUGGCCGUUACGGUGUGGAGAGGGACAAAGUGGACAAAGCAGCAGUGGGGUUUGACUACAAGAGCCAGGCAGAGAAGCACGACUCACAGAAAGACUACUCGGUGGGCUUCGGUGGGAAGUUUGGAGUCCAGAGAGAUCGUCAGGACAAGAGUGCUCUGGGCUGGGACCACCAGGAGGAGGUGCAGCCCCACGCAUCCCAGACAGACUAUGCCAGGGGGUUUGGAGGCCGCUAUGGGGUCCAGAAGGACAGGGUGGAUAAGAGUGCUGCUGGCUUUGACGAGAUGGAAGGUCCAACGUCCAGAUAUGAGAAAACACGACCAGUGGAGGCAGCUUCCAGUGGUGCCAGCAGCCUGCGGUCACGGUUUGAGAACAUGGCUAAGUUGGCAGAUGAGGAGAGCAGGAGGCAGGUGGAAGAGGAGCGGGCCAGGCGGCAGGCACGGGAGGACCAGGCGGCACGGCGAAAGCAGGAAAUCCCACAAAGAGAGACGGUCCGCACAGAGCCACCUCCUGCCCCUGUGCCAGCGAGGGUCCCUGCGAGAGCUGAGCCAUGGACCAUGCCACAAGGAAAGCAGGAGGCAAAAGGAGAGGAGGAGGAGGAGGAGGAGACAGCACCUGCGUUGCCCCCAAGGCAAGCAGAUCUGAACGAGGAGGAGGAGCAGCCCAUCUACAGCGAGACUUUUGAGGUCGGCGGAGACUACGAGGAACUGCUGGAGCGCUCCGACAACUGCGACAGCGUCAGUGCAGGCGCUGACUACGAGGAGCUGCCGGCACCCGCGGCAAAGCCGGCUGCCACCUACAGCCUGGGAGAGGAGGAUGAAGGGGAGGACUAUGACGAGGUCAUUCCCGAGGAGCCCAGCCAGAGCCAGCCUGGGGGGGGAAUGGAGAGCAUUUAUGAGAUGGAGAGCCCUGGGAUCUGUGCGGUGGCCCUCUACGAUUACCAAGGAGAUGGAGAUGAUGAGAUUUCCUUUGAUCCCGAUGACACCAUCACACACAUCGAGAUGGUGGAUGAAGGCUGGUGGAGAGGGCAGUGCCAUGGCAAAGUGGGGCUCUUCCCAGCCAACUACGUGAAGCUCCUGCAGUGAGGCCGUGGUCCAACUGCCUCCUUCUGAACCUUCACCUCUCUCUGCUUCAGCCCUUUAUGCAUUAUUAGCUUAAUUUGACUCUGCUUGACGUGGCUGCAUGCAAGGAAUAGCAGUGAACAAACCAGCAGUGUGGGAGGAAAUGUCCAGGAUGUAUUCUGAUUCCCAUCCCAUUGAGAAAGGUGGGAUGGUUCCAGAACUUAUGGGUGUGAAAUGCGAUGCCUUUUCUGUCUGGGUCAUCCCAUGCAUCAACCACAGUGCGUGCAGGAGAACUGUGUCCAUUUCUGUUCCAGCAGGGCAGUGCUCAGGCAGGAACACCAACCGUGAUGUGGUCAGGGCAGGAGGGAGAGCCAUUCGUCACCUCCAUCGGUCAGACCUUUAUCCCAGGGGACAGCAAUUGGAUGAAAGGGGAUGAGCUGACAGUGUGCUGGGGAGGGUCGGGGUGGAGCCUGGGAAGAAGCUGUGCUGCAAAGAGUGUCAGCACUGCACAGCUGCCCAGGGCGGUGGGGAGCCCCCAUCCCUGGGGGUGUUCAGUGACCACGGGGAUGUGGCACUGGGGGACGUGGGCAGUGGGAUGGGCUGGGGUUGGAUUGGGGUUGCAUUGGGGAUCUCAGAGGUCUUUUCCAACCUCAGUGGUUUUGUGGUUCUACCCAUAGGGCUCAGUCCAGCAGUUACAGCCCUUGGUGUGCUGAACUCAGCCCACCCAUUCCCACUGCAGAAAUAGUUAUCUGCAGCUAAUUAGCUCACCUAUCAGUAGGGAUUAAUGAGGAAAGGAGCAAAUUGUUCACGCUGGGUGGAGUUCCCUUACCUGAUGUGUUCCCAUUGCUGGUGCUGUUGGCCAAAUCCUGCUUCCCUGGUGUGAGUUGGUUGCAUCGCUUCGAGGUCUACCUUAGCAGCCUGGUUUGAGCAGAGCUCAUGGCAGCAGCAUCUCUCUGUGCUGCACUGUGCUCCCCCUAUAGCUCAAGCAAUAAACUCUUCUAUACUGA